GACAGCACUUCGGCGGAGACCCAUGGCGGUGAAACAAAUGACAUGGUUGGGGAUCUGAAUCACACAGAGCAGAGGAACCGGCGCCCGUGGACAGUGAGAUACCCGCGGAGGUGAGAGGAGGAGACGAGCGCGGGGAUUCGAUACAAUGUAUCAGAGUGACUCCGAAGGGGUCGUGCCAUUGUCCGAUUGAGGAGACAGGACCACGGACCUAAAACACAGUUUUAACCUAGAGCAUUUUGAAGGUCAUUGAAAAUGAUCAGAGCAGAGAGCAAGGGUGAACGCACCCUGCGGAGUGCGUCCCCGCAUAGAAAUGCGUACAAGUCGGACUUCCACGCCAUUAAGUGCUCUUUUGAUGGCACCAAAUCCGACAGCGAGGCCAAAUCUUAUGCUAAUGGAGCCAGCGACCCCCGGGAGGACACUAGAGGGAGGCCGUUUGGCAACCGGGUCAACAAAAUAAAGAACAUCUUCCUGCAAAUGGACGGCCAGCAAGCGCCUGAGAGUCAGGAACCUGCUCACAAAACAGACGCAUCUUCUCCUGUAUCCCCAGUGUCCAGCACUCACAAAACCGGCCCCAGUAGCGCCAACAACCAAGAGCCGCAGAGCGCGGACAGAACUCCAAAGGGAGAGGAAGUCGAGGUCGAUAAAGUCACCCUGGCGGAAAAGUUUUCAGUUACCAGAAAACUCUUUGAGAGAGGGAUGAAAGAGCAGCCCGCCGCAGUGCCCGGCAGAGUUUCUAUUCGUGGGGCCCGGAGGUCCUUUGGAUCUUCUGAAAACUGCAGCAGUAGUGUCAUCAAAAGCCCGACGUCACCCGUGGGGAGUGCCCCAGAGGAAAGCAGGGAUGUUGAGGACUCAAAACUGGUCAAUAGACUUAACGCCGGGCCUAUUUCAAGGCGGCUGGAGAACUUCAUUGUGGAUGGCGACAAAGACGAGUCAGUGCAAGCUUCUGCUGAAAGUCCUGAGAAACCGAGCAGCCCCACUGAGCGCUCGCUGCCAUCCCCUCUACGAGGGAGUCCCCAGAAACCCACCUCCCCUGGUACUGAUCCAGCACACAAACCCACAUCCCCAAACUCUGACACGUCACCCAAACCUUUCUCACCUAAAUCAGACUCCCACAGCCCUCCGUUCAAGUCCAUCAGUCCGAUUUCAUAUAACCCGACCUCUCCGACCAGCAGGAGCACCGGCGAGCCUCGUUCACCCACUGCUCAAAGCCCGUUUAAGCCGUCUCCGUCAUCAGGAAAUGACUCGGUGAGAGAGUCCAUGACAAAUGAACCAACCCAACUUAGUAGUACUCCAGCGAAAGAUGUCAAAUCUUCAGCAAGUAGCCUAUAUAAACGGCCUCUGAGUCCCGAGGAACCAAAAAGUGAAAACAACAUAAUUCGCAGUCCGUCUAGGGACAUCUCUCGUGAGCAGGCCCCACAAUGUCUGGACCCCACUGGUGCAGGAGUGGUCCGGGCCGAGCUGGUAGUGGUCCAGAACGAGUCUUCAGAAAGCGAGGAGAGUGAUGAAGAGUUUUUGGAGGAUGCUAUGACAGAGGUGAAGCUACAAAGGGAACUUAAAUCUGAGGCACCGAUAGAAGAUGUUGCUGACUCUCUGAAGGUGUUAUCACCUCAAAACCAUUCAGAGGACAAACGGCUGGAGAAGGAUGUGUGCUUCUCAGCAGAGCUGAAGAAAGAGCAACCAAAUCAAGAGGAUGAAGAGGAGGAGGAGGAGGAGGAGAUCAUACAAAAGAGGAAUAGCUGUCAUGAAGAUAAUGAUGAGGACAGCGAGCAGGAAGAUCCAGCUGAAUGUGGGAAAACUUCUCCGGUGUUUUAUAGUUUUGAGAACGCAGCGUUUGUGGAUGAUAAGGAACUGGUUCAGGACCUGCAGGUUGAGGAGGAUGAGGAUGAAACUGAGGUGUAUGAGGAGUUUGAGGAAGUUCCUGGUUUGUCUGAGGAUGAAGAACAGCCUCCAAGAAGGAAAAUCAGGUUCUCCACUGAGCCGAUACGGGUGUACAGCACGCUCUCUAAUGAAGAGUACGACCGGAGGAACGAUGAUGUGGAUCCUGUGGCGGCGUCGGCCGAGUACGAGCUGGAGAAACGGGUGGAGAAGAUGGACGUGUUUCCCGUGGAGAUCGAGAAAGGUGAUAAAGGGCUGGGGAUCAGUAUUAUAGGGAUGGGUGUUGGGGCAGACCAGGGUCUGGAGAAACUGGGCAUCUUCGUCAAGACUAUCAUGCAGGACGGAGCUGCAGAGAGAGAUGGGAGGAUCCAGGUGAAUGAUCAGAUUGUGGAGGUGGAUAGCAUCAGUCUGGUUGGUGUGACGCAACUCUUUGCUGCGACCGUCCUCAAGAACACGAAGGGAACUGUCAGAUUUCUGAUUGGCCGAGAGAAGCCAGGUACUCAGAGUGAGGUGGCCCGACUGAUCAGCGAGACCCUCGAGCAGGAAUGGCAGCAGCAGCAGCAGGUGGACGACACAUACGAGCAGUCCACUGAAGAGGACGAGCACUACGAGGAUGAGGAGGAAGGGGGAGAGGAUGGCAUCCUUGGUUCGAGUUUCGGCAGGAGGAAUGUGGAAGUGUACGAUCUGCCCGAGAGCGAGGAAAUGUUCCUGCCGUCAAACAUGGACGCCGCUCAAGUGACGUUCAGAUUUAAAGAGCUCCAGAUAAAACACACUAUUGCAGAAGCCGAAGUAGAUGAACUGAAAGAGCGAUUGAGAGAGUCAUCAGAGGAGCGUGCGGCGUGGGAGGCGAGGGAAGCUCAGUUAGAGAGGAGCGUUCAGGAGAACUCUGAGAGGAUCACUCAGAUGGAAAAGAACUGGCUGGAGGCUCAGGCUCUCUGCAAAAGCAUCAACGAACAGCUCAAUGACACGCAGAGUCAAUAUGAAGCUCUGGAUAUAAAAUACAGCAAAGCCAAGAAACUGCUGAAGGACUAUCAGCAGAAAGAGGUGGAGUAUGAGCAGAGGGAGGAGGACUUAAGGAGAACUCUGGAGGAGAGAGAGGCUAAAUAUAAAAUUCAGAUAGAGGAUCUGCAGCGCAGGCUGGCAAAGCUUGAAUCUGGUCGUCAUGAGUCUCCACUGUCGGGCAGUAAGUCUGCAGAUUCAAUUCUGCUGGGAGCGGACUGGAGUGAGGUGGUCCCUGAGACGGAGCGUUUGGACACCAGCGCCCAUCGCGCAAAGGCCCAGCUGGCCCAGAGAUCCAAACGGCAGCCGCCGUCCCGCAGUAAACUCAAAGAGACGCUCAGCUCGCCAGCGAGAAGCCCACAGGGUUAUGAUGAGAGUCAGUCUGUGAGUCCCGAGUCUCCUCCGCCUCGUAGGAGAUCGAUCCAGGAGAGUUUGACCCUGCCAGUCGUCACAUCUUCCCCUGCAAACCACCCGAAGGACGAAGGUUCUGUUACAGGCAGCAGCCAAUCAGUGCAGAGGGAUCCUCAAGACCCCGCCCUCUCCACCCCUAAAGACUCCUCCCCCUCCAGCUUCCUGCGGAAUGUAAAGAAGAGAGAGUCUAAAGGCAAGGGCAAAGAGGUCAAAGCAGAAGAGUCUAAUGAUGCGGCUGGAAAAGCCAAAAGAAGAUUCCCAGAUUUUGGUGGUUUAAGGAAAUCUGGAGGAAAGGGGAAAAAACUAAGCAAAGAAGCCACGAGGGCGUCACUGGACAGCAGGGGUUCAGCGGAGUUACUGGAGGAGUCAGGGGCCCGAGUCUCCCCUUCAGAGUCCAUGACCUCCAUCCCCACCUGCAUGCCCUUCUCCUGGUUUGGAGAGAAAGACCGUGACAGAGAGCCGUCGUCCUCCUCCAGCAGUCUCCCAUACACCACUGCAGACGCCAGCGAACACAGCCACAGCUCCAAAAACAAGACAAACCUCUCCUGGUCUUCUCUGUUCAGUCGCUCCUUAGAUUUGAGUUUGUCAGUGCUAGAUGAUUCGAACCCCAGCAGUCCUGCUUCAGAUUUUUCUGGGCUGGUGGUGGAGCCCAACCUGUCAGGCCGCUCUCAUACAUUAACCUUCUCCUCCAGCGAGAUGCUGGAUGAGGAGCCUUGUUCUGGAGGGAAGGAGUAUCAUUGGCAGAACCGUCCCGUCUCUGAUUGGACGUCCCAGCAGGUGUGUCACUGGCUGAUGGGUAUGAACAUGGAUCAGUACACACCUGAGUUCAGCACACAGGCCAUCGAUGGACAGCAGCUCCUCAACCUGGACAGUGACAGACUCAAGGCUCUGGGUGUUUCCAGUCAGAAUGACCGAGCCACAAUCAAGAAGAAACUGAAGGAGAUGAAGAAAGCCCAGGAGAAGAUGGAGAAACAGCGGGAGAAGCGGGAGAAAGAGGCCAGACGCAGCGGACGGCUGCCUGCCAGCACUGACUCCGUGUGCUGAUGAUGUUCAGAGCAUCACGGUUUCUUCAUCUUUUCACUUUAAUUCUCCACACACUCCAGAGGCAGUUCCUCCGACACGCAUGAGCCGUUCUAGAGGAGUCGCUAUGAAUGCAUUCAGUCAGUAAUAGGCAGUCAUCCUGAAACACUAAUGAAGCUGCUUACAAGACCACAGUUUACUCUCUUCAGUUCAGUCUGUGCAGCACAAAUAUGAGCAGAAUGUGCAUCUACAGGUAGUGCAUUUACUUAGAAAAGUGUUUACAGGGUGCUGUAAAAAGAAAAGCAAAUGUUUUUUUUUUUAAUCAGUAUUUUGUCUUUAUUUUCAGUCAAAUAUCUCCACAUCCCUAAAACAAGAUAAAUCUACUUGCAUAACAAGAGGUGACUUACAGAUUCAGACAGAUCGGAGAAUGUACAAAAUUGUAUUAAAUGUUUAUUUUUGUUGUUGUUUUUGCCACAAGCUUAAAUUCCCAAGAAGAAGAAAUUGCGUUUAACUCAAGACCCGUCCUCUAAAACAAAUCUAUAUCUCUGCUUCUCAAGUAAUUGUGUCUUAAGGACGUUUUUACUGGAAAACAAGACAAAAUACUGAUUAAGAAAAAUAUCUUUGCAGUGUUCCGAGUAAUAAGAGAUUUUUUUUUUUCUUUUAGACUAGCUUGUAAGAAAAUUAAUAUGGCUGUCCAAUUUAUAGCAGACCAAAACUUUUAUUAGUUUUAAUUGUAUUUUAUGAUACCGCUGUAGGGGCUAUUAAAAAACAAUCUUGGUAAGGGAUAUAUAAAUAUUUAGAUGCCAACUUUGCCGCUAAUAUUGUGGCACGAAUAGUGCUUUUAAAAAGAUUUCUUAGUCAUUUUUUGGAUCCUUGUACAGUCGAGUGAUAUUGAGCACUAUAUUUUUACUGAAACAAAGGGGAACAUGGUUUAUAAAUGUACAAAUGAGAUAUUUAAUACACCACUAUUAGCAUAGCUUUACGGAAGAGACAUUAACUUUUGUACACAUUUUCUACUAAGUAGAAUAGCUUGUUGGGCAAAACCAUUUUGCUAAUUCUGAAAAGCAGUGAAACUCAAAGCGAAAGGUGUUUGUACAUCACGUUUGUUGUUUUUAUUUGGACGGUUACUGCUGUUAUAUUAUGGAUAUGGUUAAAAAAAUACACAAUUGUUACAGAAAGCAGCGUAGUUUUAUUAGUGGCCAUGGCCCAAAUUGUAACAGAGGGUGUAAUGAAUUUGAAAUACUGAUUAUCAACUGAUUGUAAGCGUCGUUUUCAAAGAGACGCCACCUGUGCUCAUGUCAUCGUGAUUCUGUGGUUAUAUUUUUCUACCUUGUGAAAUAGAUGAUUUUGAACAGACAAAAAUCAAGCUUUCUAUCUGGUACAAAUAAAUGCUUUCACCUCUUGUAAAAGAAAAGAAACGGUGUGUUUUCAAGUUCCCUUCACAGCAGAACUGAUUUUAAACCGUAAACGUGGAGAAAGUCUGUUCGGUCACUGCUCAGUUAGCUAUUAAAAAGCAGAAGAUUCAGAUCUGUACACUAGUGAUGGGCGCUUUCGAAGCACUGCUUCGUUGAAGCUUCGAAACCUUUGCGAAUCAUUUGCUUCAAGCCCGUGAGUCUGCCGAAGUCACGUUAUUUCAGGAGAUGAACCUACGUUGCGUCAUCUGUGUGAACGUUUUUAUGCGUUUUAUUUAACCUGAUCUCGGAUUUGCCGAUAUUUUCAAUGACAUUUGUAUAAAAGAAAGAUUAGUAGUUAAUGGCCUCUUAUAGCCAAGCCCUGCAAAUGAAUAAAAGAACACAUGCAGAAACUUCAUAUUUAUUGGUAUUUGAUUUUCUUAUUUGCAUUUAGUAGAUUAUAUUUAAAAUAAAACAUUUGCUGUGGGUUUUGAUCAAGCGACAACCUCCCGCUCGCUCUUGUGAAGCCAACACGGAAGUGACUUAAACUGUAAUUCAUCAACUGGCCGCUAGAG